ACUGCACCCCAGUUCCUAAAAUGCCCUCAUAUAAUGAUAUCAUAUCAUGUAUAGCAGCAGCAGCUGUAUGUGUAGACUACUCACCUGAGCUUUAGGGUUUUACUGGGUUAUCCAAAAGUCUGCACUUGAUUUCUACUCUCAAUUUCCUUAAGAUGAAUAGGGAAAAGCUAAUGAAAAUGGCUGGUGCAGUGCGCACUGGUGGAAAAGGCAGUGUGAGGAGAAAGAAGAAGGCAAUUCACAAGACAGCCACCACAGACGAUAAAAGACUGCAGAGCACCCUAAAGAGAAUAGGAGUUAAUGCAAUUCCAGCAAUUGAGGAAGUUAACAUAUUUAAGGAUGAUGUAGUUAUCCAGUUUGUUAGUCCGAAAGUUCAAGCCUCUAUUGCUGCCAACACUUGGGUUGUUAGUGGCUCUCCACAAACAAAGAAAUUGCAAGACAUUCUUCCGGGAAUCAUCAAUCAAUUGGGCCCAGAUAACUUGGAUAACUUAAGGAAACUCGCUGAACAGUUCCAGAAGCAGGCACCUGGUGCAGGUGCCGAUGCUGGUGCUGCAGCAGUACAAGGAGACGAUGAUGAUGAAGUCCCAGAACUUGUUCCUGGUGAGACUUUUGAAGCUGCAGCAGAGGAGACCCCUGCUCAGGCCUCAUAGAGUUUUGGAUGAGCGAUUCAAUCCAUAUAUUUUAAUAUGUUUUGAGGUGUGGUUUACAUCAUCUCAUAGCUAAUGCAGAUUUGGUCUUUGACAAACUGAAAAACUGAUGCUGCUUUUUUUUUUUUGUUGUUUAAUGGAAAAUUUAUUUUUUUUCA